AUGUCUCAGAGUCAGAGAGGACACAGCCUCACAUGUCAUCGAGGAGAGUAUGAGAUAGGGGAGGAAUGCUGCCCUGUUUGUCCUGCUGGAAGUCGAGUUAAAACAGAUUGUACAGAGUUCACAAGUACUUCCUGUCUGCCCUGCACUGAGGGAACCUUCAUGAAUCAGCCGACUGGACGUAAACAAUUCCCCUGUUCAACCUGUGUUGCAGGUUCUGGUUUGAAGAUAAAGACGUCAUACAAAACAUCAGAUGCAGUUUGUGAACCACUGGAGGGAUUCUACUGUCUGGACUCUACAGAGGACAGCUGUAUGACAGCAGAGACACACAAGCUGUCAACCAGGACAAUACAUCAGUCAGAAAG